CCAAUGAGAAUGCCCCUACAACAUCAAUAAUGUAGCUUUCAGAAUUGUGAGCUGACAUGCAAUGGCAGAAUCGCCGUGGAACUGAGGAUACAAACUCCACACUUCGGUCCCGGUUUUUGUACAGGCGCCACGUUGUUUUGCUGGUUGGUAGUUUCCAGUAAGUUAUUUGGAUUCUCAUUUGUGAGUACAAUACGCACCAUUUCAAUCAUUUAGCAUGACUGGAAUAUUAUACAUUUGGAUUGUUCUGUUAUUUGGAAUAAUGCCGGACUGUCGUUCAUACAUGACACUCUCCAGUAUUGAAUCUUGUUAUGACCCGACACAAACACCCGAAACAUACUACACCAUCACCGGCAUCAGCGUUCCACAAUGUGGAAUCAUGUGCGCAGGGGAUGAGAGAUGUAUGUCCAUCAGCAUUAAACGUGACGGGAACACUGUCACAUGUUAUCACAAUAGUGGAAGGAGACUGUUGAGUACAGGAUGCGACAACCAGUACAGCCAUUUCAAUGGGUACCAUUCAAGUUGUCAUUACCACGGAGUCUUUCUGAAUGACACCUAUGGCUGCAGAUGUUACGGUGGCUAUAUUGGUGCAUGGUGUGAACGACUAAUGGAAGAUUGUUCUGAGGGAGCCUCAACGGAUCAUUACAAAGACUUUACAGAGUCUGAUGUGUUCCACAUCCAUCCCAGCAAUGCUCCUCGGGCUUUUAAGGUUGUUUGUACUAUGGACGGAUGGUCACCUGGAUGGACAUGGUUCUUUAAGCGACGCUUUGACAGUCCCUACGUGAACUUUACACGCCCAUGGGAAGACUACAAACAUGGGUUUGGAGACUUCAGUAACAGUGGCAAUUUUUGGACAGGAUUGGAUACGAUGUAUCAUGUGACCAACAAUCGCCCACAAAGACUGAAGGCAUAUAUUUCUUUUAAAGAAGAUGGGAAAUGGGUAUUGAGGACCUAUGCCUACAAGAAUUUUCAGGUGAGCAGUGAAACAUAUGGUUAUAACUUCUCGUUUUUGUCUGGCGUGCCACCCGGCCCCAACCAUGAAAAAGCGAUGGAUGGCCUCUCUCUAUUUCUGGGAGCUAAAUUUUCCACUUACGAUGUCGACAAUGACAACGAUAGCAGUGACAACUGUGCAAAUAUCCACCAGUCUGGGUGGUGGUUCACCACAUGUGAUGGCUACAAUCCCACAGGGCAACCACAACCUCCAUCAGUUCAGUACAAGACAUCGGACCCCACUCAAAUGUCCUGGCCUAACACACUGAACUACAGCGCUGCCCGAGUAAAUAUGUUCCUGAUUGCCGAUUAGAACUGCAGAUAGAUGGGAUACACAGGAUGACUUUGAUAUCACAGAACUGUUGGAUACUGUUCGAUUGUUGGAUUGUUCAGGAUCAGAAUAAUUGCCAAUGUUCCACGUUAGGACAGAUUGGGCGAUUGUUUGUCAAUGUUCAGAGGCAGACAUGCCUUGAAUGGUAGUAUGCAGUAUAACACAACGAACAAAGUCUCAGACUCAGACUCAUAUGUGAAGCGACGCAACUGAAUAUUGUUAAAUGCGUCUUGUAUAACUCACGCCCUGUUUGUCAGAGAGGCAUGAAGAGGAUGGCUUUGAUAUCACAUAACUGUUGAUAAACUGUUCGUUCCUGCAAGGUCGAUGAUCAGAAUAAUUCCCAGUGAUGGAUGGUUGAUUGUUAGGCUGCCCUGGCAGAUCAGGAAUAUCAUCUUCAUCGUGAAACAACCAAAAAGACUCAGUCAUAAGCGAAGCAACGCAACUGAAUAUUGUUAAAUGUGGCGUCAUACAUAACCUCACAUCAUCACAGAACACACAAUAUAAGCAUCUACUUUGAACAGUCCUCGUUUGGUCCAAGAUCAGUACAAGUACAUGAUAUAAUCAUGUUACAGUUAUGGUAUUCUAUACACGACACACAUCAAUGAAAACUGAAUUUAAUAAUUUUAGAAAAACACAGUAUUUUAUCAUUUUGAUUCAUUUUUCAGCUGUUUAUGCAUGUAAAAAUGAAAUUUAAAACUUGCUCACAAUAUUGCAUCCAAAUUCGUCAGUUGACAAAUCCAUCAUCAUUUGGACUCAUUGUUUAGCUGUUUCUGCAUAUAUCUAACCUGCAGUUACAAGGUGAUAAGUGUUGUUUGUUUUAUAUGCAUUCUGUAUUUGCAAUUUGACAAUUUGUGUAGUUGUAUUCAAUUCUCGACACCCAUCUCACGUCUUCUCGUAUUGAUUAUGCAUAUGUAUAUCUUAUGUACACCCCGUGUUCAUUUCCAAUAUGUUUACAGAGCUUAGAUUUUAUCAACGAUGAAUGUGAGAUAGAAAUGUAAUCUCGAAUGAACGCUUCACAAUUAAUUGCAACCUCAAACUAGUACGUGUGUGUGUGUGUGUUUGUGUGUGUGUGUGUGUGUGUGUGUGUGUGCAAUCUAUAGUAAAGAAAGCUGACAUUCGAACCAGGUUGUAAAUGUACCACUGUAACAUCUAUAAGAAACUAUUGACGUAUCAGUGGUUUGGAAUUCAUUUUUACAUGGAAGUUUGAUUGAAAGCAUUACUUGAUUCAAAGGCUCCAUAAAAAUUCGAACGAAAAAUAAACUUAGAGUCUAUCAUAUCUCGUUUUAGGGUAACAAUAAAACAUUCAUUGUAUUUGUGAAACCGAGCCCUGUAUGUCAGUGACACGUGACAGUUGACAAAGCUUACAGCAUAUUUUCCUUACCAACAACUAUAAAAUUAAAUUGCAGCAACGUAAUCGAUAUUUGCUUUCUUUGUCUCCGAGUCUCUGCAGUUCGGUGUGACCUUCAGAACAGUUUCGUUAUCCGUUAUGUUCCUCCAUGGAACCAGUUCAUUCUGGAUGACUUUACUACACGUACUGUUUAGUUUUUACUUCUGACUACAUGUGAUUGUUAAGUAUACCUUGCUGUUUGUGAGAAACGUAAAAUGUGUCUAUAUGGCAUUAAAUAUUUCAUUUUA